CCCCCAGAAGCCCCCCCCCCCGUGCUCCCGCCGCCAGCCCCCGGCCCGUAGCCCCGCCGCCGCCGCCGCCCCGCGCCCGGGCCGUCCCUCCCGGCUCCGCCUCCCACCCCACCCCCCGCCGCCACUGCAUGUCCCGCCGAGUCUGUGAUCGAGCCUGGCGAAGCCGAAGGCGCGGCCGCGCGUGGAAGUGGAAAGUUAUUUUAGCACUGAAUAGAAUAUUUUUAAAAUUAAACUAUUUGAAAUACAGCGCCCGGUGUCUGCGGGGCGGGGCCAGGCCGCGGCGGGAAGUUCGCGGCGGGAAGUUCGCAGCGGGCGGGAGCGCCGGGAAAAGCCGCGCAGCGCCGGGACUCGGCACCCCCCGCUCCCCCGGAGCCAGCCCGGUGCCCGCCUCCACUCCCGGGAAGGAUCAGGAUGGCCGGACAAGAAGGGCAGCUGCUGAUUAAUUUGAAAACGAACUAUCCCGAUGUGGUGAUAGAUAUUGGGAAAAUAGUUUUAGGAGAGAGGUCCAGAAAGAAGACCUCUUACAAUCAGAAAAGGCAACGAAAGGAGCUUUCUAUAGCAGUGUGUGCAUUGCUGAAUUCAGGAGGAGGAGUAGUGAGGAUGGAGAGUGAAGACAAGAAUUACUGCUUUCAGAAGCACGGCAUUGGUCUGGACAUAGAGCAGAGCCUCAGGGAAUGCAUCUCCUGCACCGAGACCAGCAAAUACUUCACGUGGAUGCAGCAGCAGAGUCACUUGCUCCUUUUUGUUAAAACAUGGAGCUGUGGAGGUCCUGAGCAGAAAAGCACAGCCACAAAGCCGCGUAUCUGUAGCCUGAGCACUGGUUUGUCCCGUAGGUCUUUCACUUCGGUUCUCUCUAUGACUUCAAGCGACGCUGCUGCAUUUCUGAGGGGGAAGGAAGGCUGUGCCAGGCAUCGUGAUGAGAAUGGGCCAAGCCCUAAGAAAGCUCUGCUGAAUUUUGAUGGGGGAGCAAAGGAGACCCCUCUGAACACCGAGGAGCGCAACAUCCAAGAUGCCGCUGCCAGGUUUUUAAAGAGAGACAAACUGAUGGUUGGGGAGGUCCUGGAUUUCACAGAGACAACACAUAUUGAAUUUAAGAACUUCUCUACAGAGAAUAUCUUGGAAUACAUUAGAAAAACCCUUCCAAAUUAUGUCUCUGCCUUUGCAAACACUCAGGGUGGUUAUGUAUUUUUUGGAGUGAAUGACAGCAGUGAAGUCAUUGGAAGCCAUGGGAAAGUGGGGAAAGAAGCUUUAGAAAAAACAGUAGCUGAUACCAUGGGCUCGAUGCCCGUCCAUCACUUCUGCGGCUCUCGGGCUGGCGUGCAGUUUAAGACUUACAUCCUGAGCGUUUAUGACAACGCCGAAGGCUUGCAGGGCUACGUAUGUGCUGUGCGAGUUGAACCAUUUUGCUGCGCCGUUUUCCAUGAUAACCCUGAAUCCUGGAUGGUGAUGGGUGACACAAUCGAAAAACUGAGCGUCAGAAGAUGGACAGAGCUCAUGACAGCUGCAGACCCAGAUCUUUCAAAUCUGGCUGAUAAAUUUGAAAAAGAGCUCAGCUUGGCAAAUGGUCCUCCUCUUAUCAAGCCAGUUUAUUCAAAAGCUGGUCUCCAGUGUGUGUCUGAACUCCAAGAGUGCCUCUACCCAGUGGGUUCUAAUGAAAUCAAAUGGAAGCCAGAAACCAUCUGCACCGACCUGUUCUCAGAGUAUCCUGGAUUAGAGAAUUUAAUGAAAAAACAAAUCCAUCCAUUGAACAAGGGGAUACUGAUAUUUUCAAGGAGUUGGGCUGUUGACAUUGGAUUGCAGAAAAAACAGGGUGUUGUGUGUGAUGUUUUCUUAGUAGCUGAAAAUGCGUAUCCAGUAUUGUAUACUGUAGUCAAGGACACUGCUUCUGCUGAGUCUGAAAACUUGAGAGAAACUGCUUAUGCAUUAAAGCAGAAACUAGUCAACAAUGGGGGAUAUGCUUCAAAAGUGUGUGUGAUUCCCCAAAUACUGCACCUGAAUGGCACAAAGAACCAGAUGGAAGUUGCAGAGGAUGACAUUCUCCAGCAAGAAAACCAAGAAAACCCGUGGGGUUACACCAGCUUGUACCCAGAGAACUACAUCCUCACCUCCAGGGACAUCCCCGCGUUCCUGCGUGCACUUGUGAUUGUUGUGCUGUGCUUUAAGUCUUACUUAAGUGACCAUCUUGGCUGUGAGAUUUUCAACAUUCUCACUUUCAAACAGUAUGAGCUGCUCUCCAAGAACCUGCACAAAGCCAAGGAGCAGUUUGUCCUUGGUCUUCCUGGAACAGGAAAAACAAUUGUGGCUUUGAAGAUCAUUGAGAGAAUAAGAAACAUUUUUCACUGUUCUGCAAAAGAGAUACUCUACAUUUGUGAAAAUCAACCCUUGAAGGAGUUUGUGGGAAAUGAGAUCUGCCGGUCUGUGACACGUGUUGCCUUCUUACGUGGGAACUUCCCAGAAGUGAAACACAUUGUGGUUGAUGAAGCUCAGAAUUUUCGUCCUGAAGAAAACUGGCACCAAUGUGCCCGGGAGCUAGUCAAGAAAAAAAGUGGCAUUUUCUGGGUCUUCCUGGAUUUCUUCCAGUCCACUCACCCAUAUGGUUGUGGUCUUAAGUUUUCAGAAAUCUAUCCUCAGGAAUGGUUGACCAAAGUGGCCCGUAAUGCCAAGCAAAUAUACAAUGCCAUGUUUCAUCUAAUGGAGAAAAUCCUCCAAGAACGUAACACAGAUAUGCCCUACGAAGUGCUGGAAGAGAUGUUUAAACAGGCUGAAUGUGGCCAUUCUUUGCCAGGUGACUCCAUAAUAAAAAAAAAUAUGGGAACAUUUGAAAUGGUAGAGUACGUGACCAGGCAGUGCAACAGCUACAUCCAGCAAGGCUAUCCUGUCAAAGAUAUUGCAAUCCUGUGCAGUACGCAGCAUGCAGCCGAGGUGUUUAGUCAGAUAUUGGAACCUGAGCUAAAAAGACAAAUAAGGAAAUACAGGGUGAGGUUGGUCUUGGGGCCAGCAGAGAAUGUUUUAGACAACGUCAUUGUUCUUGACAGCAUCCGACGCUUCUCAGGCCUAGAAAGGAGGAUUGUGUUUGGCAUCCACCCUGUCCCUGCACAAGAAGAGAUAUCUCUCAAUCUUUUGCUCUGCCUUGCAUCCAGAGCCAACACCAAACUCCAUUUGCUGUAUCACAAAGAGAAGACGUUCUUAAGAGACAUGUCUUUAGACAACACUGGGGACACUAGAAUGCUUCACUGAUUUUUUUUUUUUAAGUGAUAUUAUAGGGCAGCCUUAAGAUUUUUUUAUGCCCUUUCUGUAGUCUACGCAAAAAAAAGAAAAAAAAUUAUGCAGUUUCAUAUAUAUAUUUCAUCAUGUGUAGGCCUGUAGGAUGUCAUAAAAUUGAUUUUAAUUAAAGGACCGCCACCUGGAGAGAACAAAUUGCUGAAAAUGGCAAUUGCAGAAUGAAGUCAACGAUUGCAAACUACUUGGAUAAAUCAUAGAACAGUUUGGAGACUUGUACUGUCAGUUCCUCUGCUCUUUAAGCUGAUUGCGUAUUCUGAGUUUUUUCAGCACUAUCAGAGUGGAACCACUGGUUGGAAACGCAACGGGGGCCAUCCUUGUUUACGACCCUGCGGGUGCUGGUGCAAAUGGUCAAAACUCUGCUUUUUUCAAUGGUGGGGAGAUUUUUGUGAAUUUUCAGCCAAAUCGUCUCUUUUCUCAUCCAAAAAGAUAGAGCCACAGCUUGCUUUUGGGAGUGGUGGUGACUCUUCACCUCUGCUGGGAAUGGGGCUGUGGUUUUGUGGACACAUUGAAUCAUCUGAAAUGCAGGUUUCUGCCCAGGGAGGCAGUUCUGUCCCCAGCAGUACAGUCCCUAACUUCUCAUAAGCAGGCUCGGGUGUGCAACAGUGU